AUGUUGGAUAGAGAUGAUGAGCCACCAGCAGACUCAGUAGAAACUAUUGUAGAAUGGGGUGAUGAGCCCCCUAACGAGAAGCUGGAUAGUGAUGAUGAGCCACCAGCAGACUCAGUAGGAACUAUUGCAGAAUGGGCUGAUGAGCCUCCUAACGAGAAGUUGGAUAGAGAUGAUGAGCCACCAGCAGACUCAGUAGAAACUAUUGCAGAAUGGGCUGAUGAGCCCCCUAACAAGAAGUUGGAUAGAGAUGAUGAGCCACUAGCAGACUCAGUAGAAACUAUUGCAGAAUGGGCUGAUGAGCCCCCUAACAAGAAGUUGGAUAGAGAUGAUGAGCCACUAGCAGACUCAGUAGAAACUAUUGCAGAAUGGGCUGAUGAGCCUCCUAACGAGAAGUUGGAUAGAGAUGAUGAGCCACCAGCAGACUCAGUAGAAACUAUUGCAGAAUGGGCUGAUGAGCCCCCUAACAAGAAGUUGGAUAGAGAUGAUGAGCCACUAGCAGACUCAGUAGAAACUAUUGCAGAAUGGGCUGAUGAGCCUCCUAACGAGAAGUUGGAUAGAGAUGAUGAGCCACUAGCAGACUCAGUAGAAACUAUUGCAGAAUGGGCUGAUGAGCCUCCUAACGAGAAGUUGGAUAGAGAUGAUGAGCCACUAGCAGACUCAGUAGAAACUAUUGCAGAAUGGGCUGAUGAGCCCCCUAACAAGAAGUUGGAUAGAGAUGAUGAGCCACUAGCAGACUCAGUAGAAACUAUUGCAGAAUGGGCUGAUGAGCCUCCUAACGAGAAGUUGGAUAGAGAUGAUGAGCCACCAGCAGACUCAGUAGAAACUAUUGCAGAAUGGGCUGAUGAGCCCCCUAACAAGAAGUUGGAUAGAGAUGAUGAGCCACUAGCAGACUCAGUAGAAACUAUUGCAGAAUGGGCUGAUGAGCCUCCUAACGAGAAGUUGGAUAGAGAUGAUGAGCCACCAGCAGACUCAGUAGAAACUAUUGCAGAAUGGGCUGAUGAGCCCCCUAACAAGAAGUUGGAUAGAGAUGAUGAGCCACUAGCAGACUCAGUAGAAACUAUUGCAGAAUGGGCUGAUGAGCCCCCUAACAAGAAGUUGGAUAGAGAUGAUGAGCCACUAGCAGACUCAGUAGAAACUAUUGCAGAAUGGGCUGAUGAGCCCCCUAACAAGAAGUUGGAUAGAGAUGAUGAGCCACUAGCAGACUCAGUAGAAACUAUUGCAGAAUGGGCUGAUGAGCCUCCUAACGAGAAGUUGGAUAGAGAUGAUGAGCCACUAGCAGACUCAGUAGAAACUAUUGCAGAAUGGGCUGAUGAGCCCCCUAACAAGAAGUUGGAUAGAGAUGAUGAGCCACUAGCAGACUCAGUAGAAACUAUUGCAGAAUGGGCUGAUGAGCCCUGUAACAAGAAGUUGGAUAGAGAUGAUGAGCCACUAGCAGACUCAGUAGAAACUAUUGCAGAAUGGGCUGAUGAGCCUCCUAACGAGAAGUUGGAUAGAGAUGAUGAGCCACCAGCAGACUCAGUAGAAACUAUUGCAGAAUGGGCUGAUGAGCCCCCUAACAAGAAGUUGGAUAGAGAUGAUGAGCCACUAGCAGACUCAGUAGAAACUAUUGCAGAAUGGGCUGAUGAGCCUCCUAACGAGAAGUUGGAUAGAGAUGAUGAGCCACCAGCAGACUCAGUAGAAACUAUUGCAGAAUGGGCUGAUGAGCCCCCUAACAAGAAGUUGGAUAGAGAUGAUGAGCCACUAGCAGACUCAGUAGAAACUAUUGCAGAAUGGGCUGAUGAGCCCCCUAACAAGAAGUUGGAUAGAGAUGAUGAGCCACUAGCAGACUCAGAUAGAGAUGAUGAGCCACUAGCAGACUCAGUAGAAACUAUUGCAGAAUGGGCUGAUGAGCCCCCUAACAAGAAGUUGGAUAGAGAUGAUGAGCCACUAGCAGACUCAGUAGAAACUAUUGCAGAAUGGGCUGAUGAGCCCCCUAACAAGAAGUUGGAUAGAGAUGAUGAGCCACUAGCAGACUCAGUAGAAACUAUUGCAGAAUGGGCUGAUGAGCCUCCUAACGAGAAGUUGGAUAGAGAUGAUGAGCCACUAGCAGACUCAGUAGAAACUAUUGCAGAAUGGGCUGAUGAGCCUCCUAACGAGAAGUUGGAUAGAGAUGAUGAGCCACUAGCAGACUCAGUAGAAACUAUUGCAGAAUGGGCUGAUGAGCCCCCUAACAAGAAGUUGGAUAGAGAUGAUGAGCCACUAGCAGACUCAGUAGAAACUAUUGCAGAAUGGGCUGAUGAGCCCCCUAACAAGAAGUUGGAUAGAGAUGAUGAGCCACUAGCAGACUCAGUAGAAACUAUUGCAGAAUGGGCUGAUGAGCCUCCUAACGAGAAGUUGGAUAGAGAUGAUGAGCCACUAGCAGACUCAGUAGAAACUAUUGCAGAAUGGGCUGAUGAGCCCCCUAACAAGAAGUUGGAUAGAGAUGAUGAGCCACUAGCAGACUCAGUAGAAACUAUUGCAGAAUGGGCUGAUGAGCCUCCUAACGAGAAGUUGGAUAGAGAUGAUGAGCCACCAGCAGACUCAGUAGAAACUAUUGCAGAAUGGGCUGAUGAGCCCCCUAACAAGAAGUUGGAUAGAGAUGAUGAGCCACUAGCAGACUCAGUAGAAACUAUUGCAGAAUGGGCUGAUGAGCCUCCUAACGAGAAGUUGGAUAGAGAUGAUGAGCCACUAGCAGACUCAGUAGAAACUAUUGCAGAAUGGGCUGAUGAGCCUCCUAACGAGAAGUUGGAUAGAGAUGAUGAGCCACCAGCAGACUCAGUAGAAACUAUUGCAGAAUGGGCUGAUGAGCCCCCUAACAAGAAGUUGGAUAGAGAUGAUGAGCCACUAGCAGACUCAGUAGAAACUAUUGCAGAAUGGGCUGAUGAGCCUCCUAACGAGAAGUUGGAUAGAGAUGAUGAGCCACCAGCAGACUCAGUAGAAACUAUUGCAGAAUGGGCUGAUGAGCCUCCUAACGAGAAGUUGGAUAGAGAUGAUGAGCCACCAGCAGACUCAGUAGAAACUAUUGCAGAAUGGGCUGAUGAGUCCCCUAACAAGAAGUUGGAUAGAGAUGAUGAUCCACUAGCAGACUCAGUAGAAACUAUUGCAGAAUGGGCUGAUGAGCCCCCUAACAAGAAGUUGGAUAGAGAUGAUGAGCCACUAGCAGACUCAGUAGAAACUAUUGCAGAAUGGGCUGAUGAGCCCCCUAACAAGAAGUUGGAUAGAGAUGAUGAGCCACUAGCAGACUCAGUAGAAACUAUUGCAGAAUGGGCUGAUGAGCCCCCUAACAAGAAGUUGGAUAGAGAUGAUGAGCCACUAGCAGACUCAGUAGAAACUAUUGCAGAAUGGGCUGAUGAGCCUCCUAACGAGAAGUUGGAUAGAGAUGAUGAGCCACCAGCAGACUCAGUAGAAACUAUUGCAGAAUGGGCUGAUGAGCCUCCUAACGAGAAGUUGGAUAGAGAUGAUGAGCCACCAGCAGACUCAGUAGGAACUAUUGCAGAAUGGGCUGAUGAGCCCCCUAACAAGAAGUUGGAUAGAGAUGAUGAGCCACUAGCAGACUCAGUAGAAACUAUUGCAGAAUGGGCUGAUGAGCCCCCUCACAAGAAGUUGGAUAGAGAUGAUGAGCCACUAGCAGACUCAGUAGAAACUAUUGCAGAAUGGGCUGAUGAGCCCCCUAACAAGAAGUUGGAUAGAGAUGAUGAGCCACUAGCAGACUCAGUAGAAACUAUUGCAGAAUGGGCUGAUGAGCCCCCUAACAAGAAGUUGGAUAUAGAUGAUGAGCCACUAGCAGACUCAGUAGAAACUAUUGCAGAAUGGGCUGAUGAGCCUCCUAACGAGAAGUUGGAUAGAGAUGAUGAGCCACCAGCAGACUCAGUAGAAACUAUUGCAGAAUGGGCUGAUGAGCCUCCUAACGAGAAGUUGGAUAGAGAUGAUGAGCCACCAGCAGACUCAGUAGGAACUAUUGCAGAAUGGGCUGAUGAGCCCCCUAACAAGAAGUUGGAUAGAGAUGAUGAGCCACUAGCAGACUCUGUAGAAACUAUUGCAGAAUGGGCUGAUGAGCCCCCUAACAAGAAGUUGGAUAGAGAUGAUGAGCCACUAGCAGACUCAGUAGAAACUAUUGCAGAAUGGGCUGAUGAGCCUCCUAACGAGAAGUUGGAUAGAGAUGAUGAGCCACCAGCAGACUCAUUGGAUAAAGAUGAUGAGCCACCAGCAGACUCAGUAGAAACUAUUGUAGAAUGGGGUGAUGAGCCCCCUAACGAGAAGCUGGAUAGUGAUGAUGAGCCACCAGCAGACUCAGUAGAAACUAUUGCAGAAUGGGCUGAUGAGCCUCCUAACGAGAAGUUGGAUAUAGAUGAUGAGCCACCAGCAGACUCAGUAGAAACUAUUGCAGAAUGGGCUGAUGAGCUCUCUAACGAGAAGUUGGAUAGAGAUGAUGAGCCACCAGCAGACUCAGUAGAAACUAUUGUAGAAUGGGGUGAUGAGCCCCCUAACGAGAAGCUGGAUAGUGAUGAUGAGCCACCAGCAGACUCAGUAGGAACUAUUGCAGAAUGGGCUGAUGAGCCUCCUAACGAGAAGUUGGAUAGAGAUGAUGAGCCACCAGCAGACUCAGUAGGAACUAUUGCAGAAUGGGCUGAUGAGCCCCCUAACAAGAAGUUGGAUAGAGAUGAUGAGCCACUAGCAGACUCAGUAGAAACUAUUGCAGAAUGGGCUGAUGAGCCUCCUAACGAGAAGUUGGAUAGAGAUGAUGAGCCACCAGCAGACUCAUUGGAUAAAGAUGAUGAGCCACCAGCAGACUCAGUAGAAACUAUUGUAGAAUGGGGUGAUGAGCCCCCUAACGAGAAGCUGGAUAGUGAUGAUGAGCCAUCAGCAGACUCAGUAGAAACUAUUGCUGAAUGGGCUGAUGAGCCUCCUAAUGAGAAGUUGGAUAUAGAUGAUGAGCCACCAGCAGACUCAGUAGAAACUAUUGCAGAAUGGGCUGAUGAGCUCUCUAACGAGAAGUUGGAUAGAGAUGAUGAGCCACCAGCAGACUCAGUAGAAACUAUUACAGAAUGGGCUGAUGAGCCCCCUAACGAGAAGUUGGACAGAGAUGAUGAGCCACCAGCAGACUCAGUAGAAACUAUUGCAGAAUGGGCUGAUGAGCCCUCUAACGAGAAGUUGGAUAGAGAUGAUGAGCCACCAGCAGACUCAGUAGGAACUAUUGCAGAAUGGGCUGAUGAGCCCCCUAACGAGAAGCUGGAUAAAUGGGCUGAUGAGCCCCCUAACGAGAAGUUGGAUAGUGACGAUGAGCCACCAGCAGACUCAGUAGAAACUAUUGCAGAAUGGGCUGAUGAGCUCUCUAACGAGAAGUUGGAUAGUGACGAUGAGCCACCAGCAGACUCAGUAACAACUAUUGCAGAAUGGGCUGAUGAGCCCCCUAACGAGAAGUUGGACAGAGAUGAUGAGCCACCAGCAGACUCAGUAGAAACUAUUGCAGAAUGGGCUGAUGAGCCCUCUAACGAGAAGUUGGAUAGAGAUGAUGAGCCACCAGCAGACUCAGUAGAAACUAUUGCAGAGUGGGCUGAUGAGCCCCCUAACGAGAAGUUGGACAGAGAUGAUGAGCCACCAGCAGACUCAGUACAAACUAUUGCAGAAUGGGCUGAUGAGCCCCCUAACGAGAAGUUGGACAGAGAUGAUGAGCCACCAGCAGACUCAGUAGAAACUAUUGCAGAAUGGGCUGAUGAGCCCUCUAACGAGAAGUUGGAUAGAGAUGAUGAGCCACCAGCAGACUCAGUAGGAACUAUUGUAGAAUGGGGUGAUGAGCCCCCUAACGAGAAGCUGGAUAGUGGUGAUGAGCCACCAGCAGACUCAGUAGGAACUAUUGCAGAAUGGGCUGAUGAGCCCUCUAACGAGAAGUUGGAUAGAGAUGAUGAGCCACCAGCAGACUCAGUAGGAACUAUUGCAGAAUGGGCUGAUGAGCCCCCUAACAAGAAGUUGGAUAGAGAUGAUGAGCCACUAGCAGACUCAGUAGAAACUAUUGCAGAAUGGGCUGAUGAGCCCCCUAACGAGAAGUUGGAUAGAGAUGAUGAGCCACCAGCAGACUCAGUAGGAACUAUUGCAGAAUGGGCUGAUGAGCCCCCUAACAAGAAGUUGGAUAGAGAUGAUGAGCCACUAGCAGACUCAGUAGAAACUAUUGCAGAAUGGGCUGAUGAGCCCCCUAACAAGAAGUUGGAUAGAGAUGAUGAGCCACUAGCAGACUCAGUAGAAACUAUUGCAGAAUGGGCUGAUGAGCCUCCUAACGAGAAGUUGGAUAGAGAUGAUGAGCCACCAGCAGACUCAUUGGAUAAAGAUGAUGAGCCACCAGCAGACUCAGUAGAAACUAUUGUAGAAUGGGGUGAUGAGCCCCCUAACGAGAAGCUGGAUAGUGAUGAUGAGCCAUCAGCAGACUCAGUAGAAACUAUUGCAGAAUGGGCUGAUGAGCCUCCUAAUGAGAAGUUGGAUAUAGAUGAUGAGCCACCAGCAGACUCAGUAGAAACUAUUGCAGAAUGGGCUGAUGAGCUCUCUAACGAGAAGUUGGAUAGAGAUGAUGAGCCACCAGCAGACUCAGUAGAAACUAUUACAGAAUGGGCUGAUGAGCCCCCUAACGAGAAGUUGGACAGAGAUGAUGAGCCACCAGCAGACUCAGUAGAAACUAUUGCAGAAUGGGCUGAUGAGCCCUCUAACGAGAAGUUGGAUAGAGAUGAUGAGCCACCAGCAGACUCAGUAGGAACUAUUGCAGAAUGGGCUGAUGAGCCCCCUAACGAGAAGCUGGAUAGUGAUGAUGAGCCACCAGCAGACUCAGUUGAAACUAUUGCAGAAUGUUCUGAUGAGCUCUCUAACGAGAAGUUGGAUAGAGAUGAUGAGCCACCAGCAGACUCAGUAGAAACUAUUACAGAAUGGGCUGAUGAGCCCCCUAACGAGAAGUUGGAUAGUGACGAUGAGCCACCAGCAGACUCAGUAGAAACUAUUGCAGAAUGGGCUGAUGAGCUCUCUAACGAGAAGUUGGAUAGUGACGAUGAGCCACCAGCAGACUCAGUAGAAACUAUUGCAGAAUGGGCUGAUGAGCCCCCUAACGAGAAGUUGGACAGAGAUGAUGAGCCACCAGCAGACUCAGUAGAAAUUAUUGCAGAAUGGGCUGAUGAGCCCUCUAACGAGAAGUUGGAUAGAGAUGAUGAGCCACCAGCAGACUCAGUAGAAACUAUUGCAGAAUGGGCUGAUGAGCCCCCUAACGAGAAGUUGGACAGAGAUGAUGAGCCACCAGCAGACUCAGUAGAAACUAUUGCAGAAUGGGCUGAUGAGCCCCCUAACGAGAAGUUGGACAGAGAUGAUGAGCCACCAGCAGACUCAGUAGAAACUAUUGCAGAAUGGGCUGAUGAGCCCUCUAACGAGAAGUUGGAUAGAGAUGAUGAGCCACCAGCAGACUCAGUAGGAACUAUUGUAGAAUGGGCUGAUGAGCCCCCUAACAAGAAGUUGGAUAGAGAUGAUGAGCCACUAGCAGACUCAGUAGAAACUAUUGCUGAAUGGGCUGAUGAGCCCCCUAACGAGAAGUUGGACAGAGAUGAUGAGCCACCAGCAGACUCAGUAGAAACUAUUGCAGAAUGGGCUGAUGAGCCCUCUAACGAGAAGUUGGAUAGAGAUGAUGAGCCACCAGCAGACUCAGUAGGAACUAUUGCAGAAUGGGCUGAUGAGCCCUCUAACAAGAAGUUGGAUAGAGAUGAUGAGCCACUAGCAGACUCAGUAGAAACUAUUGCAGAAUGGGCUGAUGUGCCUCCUAACGAGAAGUUGGAUAGAGAUGAUGAGCCACCAGCAGACUCAGUAGAAACUAUUGCAGAUUGGGCUGAUUACCCCUCUGACGAGAAGUUGGAUAGAGAUGAUGAGCCACCAGCAGACUCAGUAGAAACUAUUGUAGAAUGGGGUGAUGAGCCCCCUAACGAGAAGCUGGAUAGUGAUGAUGAGCCACCAGCAGACUCAGUAGAAACUAUUGCAGAAUGGGCUGAUGAACCUCCUAACGAGAAGUUGGAUAUAGAUGAUGAGCCACCAGCAGACUCAGUAGAAACUAUUGCAGAAUGGGCUGAUGAGCCCCCUAACGAGAAGUUGGAUAGUGAUGAUGAGUCACCAGCAAACUCAGUAGAAACUAUUGAAGAAUGGGCUGAUGAGCCCCCUAACGAGAAGUUGGAUAGAGAUGAUGAGCCACCAGCAGACUCAGUAGAAACUAUUGCAGAAUGGGCUGAUGAGCCCUCUAACGAGAAGUUGGAUAGAGAUGAUGAGCCACCAGCAGACUCAGUAGGAACUAUUGUAGAAUGGGGUGAUGAGCCCCCUAACGAGAAGUUGGAUAGUGAUGAUGAGCCACCAGCAGACUCACCCCCUAACGAGAAGUUGGAUAUAGAUGAUGAGCCACCAGCAGACUCAGUAGAAACUAUUGCAGAAUGGGCUGAUGAGCCCUCUAGUGAGAAGUUGGAUAGAGAUGAUGAGCCACCAGCAGACUCAGUAGAAACUAUUGCAGAAUGGGCUGAUGAGCCCCCUAACGAGAAGUUGGAUAGUGAUGAUGAGCCACCAGCAGACUCAGUAGAAACUAUUGCAGAAUGGGCUGAUGAGCCCUCUAACGAGAAGCUGGAUAGUGAUGAUGAGCCACCAGCAGACUCAGUAGAAACUAUAGCAGAAUGGGCUGAUGAGCCCCCUAACGAGAAGUUGGAUAUAGAUGAUGAGCCACCAGCAGACUCAGUAGAAACUAUUGUAGAAUGGGGUGAUGAGCCCCCUAACGAGAAGCUGGAUAGUGAUGAUGAGCCACCAGCAGACUCAGUAGAAACUAUUGCAGAAUGGGCUGAUGAACCUCCUAACGAGAAGUUGGAUAUAGAUGAUGAGCCACCAGCAGACUCAGUAGAAACUAUUGCAGAAUGGGCUGAUGAGCCCCCUAACGAGAAGUUGGAUAGUGAUGAUGAGUCACCAGCAAACUCAGUAGAAACUAUUGAAGAAUGGGCUGAUGAGCCCCCUAACGAGAAGUUGGACAGAGAUGAUGAGCCACCAGCAGACUCAGUAGAAACUAUUGCAGAAUGGGCUGAUGAGCCCUCUAACGAGAAGUUGGAUAGAGAUGAUGAGCCACCAGCAGACUCAGUAGGAACUAUUGUAGAAUGGGGUGAUGAGCCCCCUAACGAGAAGUUGGAUAGUGAUGAUGAGCCACCAGCAGACUCACCCCCUAACGAGAAGUUGGAUAUAGAUGAUGAGCCACCAGCAGACUCAGUAGAAACUAUUGCAGAAUGGGCUGAUGAGCCCUCUAGUGAGAAGUUGGAUAGAGAUGAUGAGCCACCAGCAGACUCAGUAGAAACUAUUGCAGAAUGGGCUGAUGAGCCCCCUAACGAGAAGUUGGAUAGUGAUGAUGAGCCACCAGCAGACUCAGUAGAAACUAUUGCAGAAUGGGCUGAUGAGCCCCCUAACGAGAAGUUGGAUAGUGAUGAUGAGCCACCAGCAGACAAAUGGGCUGAUGAGCCCUCUAACGAGAAGUUGGAUAGAGAUGAUGAGCCACCAGCAGACUCAGUAGGAACUAUUGUAGAAUGGGGUGAUGAGCCCCCUAACGAGAAGUUGGAUAGUGAUGAUGAGCCACCAGCAGACUCAGUAGAAACUAUUGUAGAAUGGGAAUGGGCUGAUGAGCCCUCUAGUGAGAAGUUGGAUAGAGAUGAUGAGCCACCAGCAGACUCAGUAGAAACUAUUGAAGAAUGGGCUGAUGAGCCCCCUAACGAGAAGUUGGACAGAGAUGAUGAGCCACCAGCAGACUCAGUAGAAACUAUUGCAGAAUGGGCUGAUGAGCCCUCUAACGAGAAGUUGGAUAGAGAUGAUGAGCCACCAGCAGACUCAGUAGGAACUAUUGUAGAAUGGGGUGAUGAGCCCCCUAACGAGAAGUUGGAUAGUGAUGAUGAGCCACCAGCAGACUCACCCCCUAACGAGAAGUUGGAUAUAGAUGAUGAGCCACCAGCAGACUCAGUAGAAACUAUUGCAGAAUGGGCUGAUGAGCCCUCUAGUGAGAAGUUGGAUAGAGAUGAUGAGCCACCAGCAGACUCAGUAGAAACUAUUGCAGAAUGGGCUGAUGAGCCCCCUAACGAGAAGUUGGAUAGUGAUGAUGAGCCACCAGCAGACUCAGUGGAAACUAUUGCAGAAUGGGCUGAUGAGCCCUCUAACGAGAAGCUGGAUAGUGAUGAUGAGCCACCAGCAGACUCAGUAGAAACUAUAGCAGAAUGGGCUGAUGAGCCCCCUAACGAGAAGUUGGAUAUAGAUGAUGAGCCACCAGCAGACUCAGUAGAAACUAUUGUAGAAUGGGGUGAUGAGCCCCCUAACGAGAAGCUGGAUAGUGAUGAUGAGCCACCAGCAGACUCAGUAGAAACUAUUGCAGAAUGGGCUGAUGAACCUCCUAACGAGAAGUUGGAUAUAGAUGAUGAGCCACCAGCAGACUCAGUAGAAACUAUUGCAGAAUGGGCUGAUGAGCCCCCUAACGAGAAGUUGGAUAGUGAUGAUGAGUCACCAGCAAACUCAGUAGAAACUAUUGAAGAAUGGGCUGAUGAGCCCCCUAACGAGAAGUUGGACAGAGAUGAUGAGCCACCAGCAGACUCAGUAGAAACUAUUGCAGAAUGGGCUGAUGAGCCCUCUAACGAGAAGUUGGAUAGAGAUGAUGAGCCACCAGCAGACUCAGUAGGAACUAUUGUAGAAUGGGGUGAUGAGCCCCCUAACGAGAAGUUGGAUAGUGAUGAUGAGCCACCAGCAGACUCAGUAGAAACUAUUGUAGAAUGGGGUGAUUAG